AUGACUGGAGGAACAGACAAUGUUUAUGAAGAUAUGGAGGAAGGUCAUACAGUAUUUGAAGAGGAACAUAAAUCAAACAUUAGCCCUCUUCUAAAAACUCCAAUUGCUGAGUACGAUGAGGAUGAAUACAAUAAAUCACCACCUUCCGAGGCAGGAACUGAGGAUUCGGACUUGAUGGACCCACCAAGUGGAAGAAGCUCUCUCAGGGAAUUGGAUGAAGUGAGGAGUGAGGUUCUUUCCGAAUUAGCUGGUCUUAUUAACGCUCGCUUAUCAUCAAAUCAGAGCUUUUCUGCUGAGUUGGAAAAGAGAUUAGAAUUUGCAAGUAAUUCAAAAUCUGUUUCUCUACUUCAACAAAUUAAACAAGAAGAGGAGGAACGACAAAGGAGAAGAAGGAAACAAAAUUUACUAUUGGAAGAUACUGCAAAUAUUGAUGAUUUAAUUGAUAGGGAAUUAGAGGAAGAAUUAGCUGCCUUAAAUGAUCUUUCCAAUGAAUUGUCAAAUACACGUUUGUUUGCAGAAUCAAUUACUGAGCAAGAAGCUUUCAAUUAUGAGACCCUUCUUGGGAAAACUGAUAAAGUUUUUGAGGAAAAUUCUCCUGUUUCAAGCGUCAGAUCUUCAACGAAUGGAGUGGAGACUCCAUUUGAUCAACAGGCAGAAGAAAAAGCGGAAGAAGAAUAUGAGGUCAAAAGAAAGAUUGGAUCUUCUCAUAUGAAUUCCAGAAGAAAGCAAAGAGACAAAUUUCAGACAAUUAAUGGUAUUGAGGCAUUUUUAGAAAAGUGUGAUAAUUUUUCAUUCUUCAAUUUUCCAGUUCUUUCAAUUAUUGAAAAGUUCAAUAAUCCUUCACUAGAUUUGAGCCAUUUAACUCUUGGAGACAAGGGUGCUCAGGCUAUAUCCUCCAUGUUGAGACUUAAUAACGUCAUUCAGUCCCUCAACAUUUCAGAUAACAAUAUCACAUCUCAAGGUCUUUAUGAUUUGGUAAACUCUUUAAAGAGAAACUCUACAAUCAAACAUCUUGACUUGUCUGACAAUAAGCUAGGAUUUGUAAAUACUUCAUCUAUUGAUUUGGAUGAACCUCAACCACUCGAGCAGAACGCCUAUGUCAAUCCAUACGAAUUAAAAGAUUGUGGACAAUUACUAUUACAUUUAAUUAGAAAGAAUGAACAUUUAGACACAAUUAAUUUGAAUAACUGUCACUUGAAUGAUAGCCAUCUAAAAUUACUGACUGAAGGCGUAUGUGACAACAUCACAUUGAAAGGAUUGGAUAUUUCCUCUAACGAUUUUACUGAUAGUGCUGGUCCAACUCUGGCAAGUCUCAUCAUUGGUACAAGAGUUCAAAUGUUCAAUCUUUCAUGGACUUCGCUUAGACGACAAGGAUUGACUCAUGUGGCUUCCAGUUUGAGACAAAACAGUUCAAUUGUUGAUUUGAACUUGGAAUGGAUUGGAUUGAGCAACGAUCACUGUAAAAUGUUAGCUCAAUAUAUAGCAGAGAGUGAUAUUAUUGCUCGUUUCAAUAUUUCACAUAACAGAAUAAGUGAGGAGGGAUUUUUAGCUAUUUGCAAGGCUAUGGAAAUCAAUACUUCUCUUAUCAAGUUUGAAAUUGGUUAUAAUACGUUGGGUAACACUGCCAUGAUGGCACUAUUCAAGAGUUUGCACAAAAAUCAAAACAAUGUACUAAAACAACUUGAUGCAAGGGAAACCCAAAUAUUUGUAAUUGUAAACAAGGAGGCCCUCGAAGCAGAACCUCUAAUUGAACCAGUUUACAAGAUACCAGAUAAAGUACCAGAGAAACCUGGUCAAUCCAAGCAAAAACCUUCUAAUAACAAGAAAGACCAACUGAAUACAACAAUUCCACCUCCAGAACCAGCACAACCUGAACCAACAGGGCCAGUGGAAACACUAAAUCAAAGAUUGGGAAGAGAAAUGUUUGUGGCCUUGAGAUAUUUGAAAGUAAUGCACCAGAGAGGAGAGUCUUCACUAGAUAUCAAACUCAGUAAUGACAUCGAAAAAGUGUUGGUAAGAGGAAAAAAGACUCAAAACGAAUAA